GAUGCCCUGCUGGACGCGCUCGUAGCUCUCUAUGAGGAGUGCAACAAGGACGGCCUGAAGCAGAACCCCCUGGUGGCCGGCUUUGUCAGCAAGUUCCGCGGCAUCGUGACCGAGCUGCGGCGUCUGCGCGUCGGCCCGGCCGACUUCGAGGUGCGCAAGACGAUCGGCCGCGGCCACUUCGGCCAGGUGCACGUGGUGCGCGAGCGCCGCUCGGGUGACGUGUUCGCCAUGAAGACGCUCCGCAAGCAGGACACGCUGGCGCAGACCGGGGUGAUGUUUUAUGAAGAGGAACGGGAUAUCAUGACUGAGGCCGUGUCGCCGUGGAUCACGGCUCUUCACUACGCAUUCCAGGACUCGCAGCUGCUGUACCUGGUGAUGGAUUUCCACCCGGGCGGCGACCUGAUGACGCUGCUGGACCGCUUUGACGGCGUGCUGGAGGAAGAGACGGCGCGCUUCUACCUGGCCGAGAUUGCGCUGGCGCUGCACGAUCUGCACGCCAUGGGAUACGUGCACAGAGAUGUCAAGCCGGAGAACGUGCUGCUGGACCGGUGCGGCCACGUGAAGCUGGCCGACUUCGGCUCGGCGAAGGACUGCGACUACUGGUCCCUCGGAGUGGUCGCCUUCGAGAUGCUCACUGGAAGAACACCGUUCAGUGAUGACAAGCUGGGCUCGACCUACAACAACAUCCAGCAGCACAAGAAGCACCUGGUGCGGCCCAGCGAGCCGGCGCUGAGCGACGCCGCCUGGAGCCUGAUCGCCGGCCUGCUGACCGACAACAACCGGCGCCUGGCGCACGCCGACGUGCUGCAGCAUGCCUUCUUCACCAGCGUCGACUGGAACAACAUCGCCAACACGGUGCCGCCGUUCAUCCCGACCGUGAACGGCGUGGACGACACGUCCAACUUCGACGAGGUGUCGCCCGAGCCGCCGUCGCCCAGCCUGGACUCGCUGCUCUCGCAGCAGAAGUUCUCCGGCCGCGAGCUGCCCUUCAUCGGCUUCACGUUCACCAAGCCGCUCGGCGAGACGCGUCCACUCAAGGACCGGUCAGUGCUGAGCGCGAAGGUGGAUGAGAAGAGCGAGCGUCUACAGAAGAUUGAGGAGGAGCGGAACCGGCUGGAGGCGGCUCUGGCCCGGGCCGAGGACAAGUCCGCUGGCUACGUUCGCCUGCUGGAGGUAGAGAAGAAGGACCGCAUGUCGACCGAGAAGCGCGCGCUCGAGCUGCUGCAGGACAUCAAGCGCAAGUGGAAGCGCGACGAGGAGGAGCGGCUCAAGGUCAUCCAGGACGAGGUCAAGCGGUACCAGGCCGAGUGCAAGUCGAUGGAGGAGAAGUACCACUUCUCGCUGGAGAACCUAUAG